UGAAGAGCUCUUGUUAUUUUCCCAUUAGUUUGUUGUUUCAAAUUACAAGUGCAGGAGGUGUCAUUAUACCAGGUGUGCUGCAGGUUCUCUAAUUAACCUCCAUAUAAUCUUUGUGUUCCUCCCUUAAUGGGAUUGCAGCCUUCUUUUAAAAUCAGUGGUGUUGGAAUGACAGCAUAGCUGCUUUGUGAGUCAUGCUGUGACGUAAUAAGAGAGUGUAGUUAUCUUAAGGUGCUUAGUGCAGCACAGCAAGUAUUUAGUAAAACAUGUGCACAGUCAGCUGAGGUGGAUUUUGGAGCAGGGAUGAAGUACCCUCUGGUCCCUUUAAUUAAUGACCUAACAUUUCCUGUCCUUUUCUUUUGGUUUUGUUUGCCUUUUGGAAUAUUAUUGAUCCUUUUCAUUUUCUGGCUUCGACAUCUACUUAAUGAUGCCCAAGUUUCCAUCACUAAAGAGAUAAAGAUGCCACCCUCUGAUAAUGCUGAUGGGAAUGCUGACCUCGGAUCAGAAAACGAGUCUAGAGGAAAUAACAGUCAGGGCAAUAUGCACAGAAGAGCUUCAACAAGUGACAUUAGGACAACUCUACCUGUGAAAAAAAUGAGACCCAAGCCUGCCUAUUUGAAUUCAAAAGAGGCUGUCCAGAUAAAAGGCCUUUCUGCCUUUAUUUCAGACAGAUUGGACCAGAAUGUAAAACAGUAUUGCUUGGACAAAAAUUCAUUGUAUAACACAGUAAUGCUGAUAUGCACUCUGCUGGUCUCUCUCCUCUUCAACCUUCUCUGCCAGUUGCUCGAGGUCUCAAAUGUUCUACGAAUCCAGCUGCUGCCUUCAUCUCUGGCUGUCUGUGUGUAUCAGCUCUUUGCCUGGGUGACCCAAAAGCCUGCGAAAAUCAUGAUUUCCUUCAAACAAGAAAUUUCUGCUCGAUCAGCUUCUCUCUUGGGGAAGAGAGAGAAAAGAACUUUUGGGGCUAAAGCGUAAUGCUUUGUACAGGGUAGGAUUAAAAUAUAGUGACUCCACUCAACAAA